UCUCCUUGAGUAAAACAGUUGACAGAGAAAAAACAUCUUUUGAAAAAUAGCUAUCAACUUUUUCUACUUCCAUGACUCGAUCAAAGGUGAAACUUGCAUGGAUACAAAAGAAGAGUUCUCGAAAAUCCACCUUCAAAAAUAGGAGCGAAGGCUUGUUGAUGAAAGUGGAGCAACUCUGCAUUCUAUGCGAUUUGCAUGCGCUCGUCAUCAUAUACAACCCAGAUACUGAAGAAUUGACUGUAUGGCCUAACCACCAAGAAGUGGAACAACUUCUCAGAAGGUUCAUGAGACUUCCUGAUUUCACACGAAGAAGGAAAAAGAAGGACCAAGAGAGUCACAUGGAGGAGAGAGUGGCCCAUAUGCAAGUGGAACAGACGAGGGUACUCAAGAAGAACAAAGAGAUGGAACUAAACGAUGUCAUUGGUCAAAUUGAGAGGAAAGGUAAAUUUUUUCAUGAGUUUAGCCACAAGGAGUUAACUGAUCUGGAUUCUUUCUUGAAGGAAAAGAUGGAUGAGAUCAAGAAACUAAUGGAUUACCAUGGUCAUAAUAAUAUUCCUCAUCCAGUAGCUAUUGAGGAUGGAAAGUCUUAUGAUCACAUCAUGAGCCAAAUCGGAAGAAAUACCACUGAUUCUCUAUUUGGUUCUUUGAAGAGAGGAAAGAGAAAACAAUCUGGGAUAAUGAUAGAAACUUCUGGCAACAGUAGUACAAUAGCUGCCAAUAAUAUGGAUCUACCCUUAGCAAGUAAUGAUGGCCGUUGUGGACCUGGGGGUAUGGAGUGGGCAACUUUUGGAGUAGAGUCUGAUGGAAAUAGAAGUGAGCAAAUGAGAAUAAAUCAUUUGUGGUUUACUUCUGAUAUGCCUUUCCAUGGUGAUGAUAUUUAUUUGGAUACUGUUGGAGGCAGCAAUGCUGGGUAUAAUGAUGUUGGAGGGAAUUUGCUGCAUCUGCCCGAGAAUGAAGGUGGUAUGGAAAGUGAUAUGGAGGUGCCGCCUUGGUUUCUUGGAGAUAACGAUGCCGGAAGUGAUGAAGGGCUGCCUCCAAGUCUGUUUGGAGGUAUUGACACCGGCAUUGAUGACGGGCUUCCAUAUGAUUUUAAGGAAUUGUUGCAAAGCUCUUUCCCUAGCCCUUCUAGCCCUCCUAGCCCUCAUUCCCCAUGAUUAAUUGCAAUUUACUUAUAUAGUGUUUCUUUGAUGCAGUUUGUGUUUGAGAAUUUCCAUUUUUCGAAUAUGUUUGUUUUAGAAAUAAAUAUUGGUUAUCCAAUAAAUCUUUG